AUGGCUGGGCAGGUCACUCUCAAAAUUCUUGUCCUCGGAGAUAGCUUUGUCGGAAAGACAAGUUUGAUCAACCAAUUUGUUAACCGGAAAUAUUCAUGCGACUAUAAAUCGACGGUUGGCGUCGAUCUCUCCACUCGACAAAUUUCUAUUGAAGACAAAAUGGUGUGUUUAAAUGUGUGGGACCCAAGCGGUACUGAGCGUUUUCGUUGUGUAAGCGACAACUUUUUCAGAGGGACUGACGGGUGUAUUUUAGUCUGUUCUCUCACUUCGAAAGAAUCAUUUGAAGACCUCGCGAGUUGGAAAGAUGAAAUAGUCCAACGUACGUCCUCCUCGAUACCCUUUGUAGCUGUUGCGAAUAAGUCCGAUGUUGAUGAGAUGGAAUGGCAAUUGACAACAACUCGUUUUGAGUCGUGGUGUGACCUCAACAACUUCCCUCACUUUUUAGUGAGUGCAAAAGAUGCCACCAACGUCGAAAAUGCGUUUGUUGAACUUUCCAAAACUGCGAUGAAUGCGACAAAGAUCGACCCAACAAUGUUUGUUUUCUAUUCAACUCUCCUUACAAAUGUGAUGGUGUUAUUAUAA